GUGUUGUUGCAAAUAUAUGCUGAAAGAUCGUGGUCUGGAGGUCCUCUCACACGUAACUGUUUAUCUGGCUGGUCCGAACACAUUCGACCAUGGAUGACGACGAGACACCGCCUGAGCUGGUCGAGGUGACGGCAUUGCAAGAGGAAACACGGACAGAAGAAGUCGAGGAGCCUGGUGUCAGUCGGGUUCCCAUAACUCUGGUCACUGGUUACUUAGGCGCAGGCAAGACCACCCUACUCAACUAUAUCCUGACAGAAAAGCAUGGCAAAAAAAUCGCAGUCAUAAUGAAUGAAUUUGGAGAUUCAACCGACAUUGAGAAAUCAUUGACUGUCAAUCAAGACGGCCAGGAAGUUACUGAGUGGCUUGAUGUCGGCAAUGGAUGCAUCUGCUGCUCUGUCAAAGACUCUGGUGUCCAGGCCAUUGAAUCCCUGAUGGACCGCCGAGGUUCCUUUGACUACAUUCUUCUCGAGACUACCGGCCUCGCAGACCCUGGCAACAUAGCUCCAUUAUUCUGGGUUGACGACGGCCUAGGUAGUUCGAUUUAUCUCGAUGGCAUCGUGACCCUUGUCGACGCAAAGAAUAUUCUGCGACUACUAGACGAACCUGCCACCGAGGAGAUCACUCAUGCUGGACAUGAAGACCACGCGGGACCGGCUUUAACGAUGGCCCAUCUUCAGGUCUCACAUGCAGAUGUCAUUGUAUUAAACAAAGUCGACUUGGUCACACCGACCGAGCUCGAUAAUGUUCGUCAAAGAAUAGCAUCAAUCAAUGGCGCCGCAAAAAUCCAUGUUACUGAUCAUAGUCGUACGCCGCAGAUAGAAGGCGUUGUCUUAGACCUACAUGCAUACGACCAGCUUUCCAAAUUAGACUUUGAUGAAAAGGGACAUGCACACAUCGACCCCAAAAUAUCAACCCUCGCGAUAAUCUACCCGCGAAUAUCUUCUGACCAAAUUGCACGCGUCGACGAGUGGCUGAGGUCUGUAUUGUGGGAGAGUAUUUUACCUUCUAUCCCUGAAGAAGAGAAUGAAAUUCCAAAUUUUGAGAUUCAUCGCCUCAAGGGUAUAUUAGCUCUGAAGGACGGGACGUUUAAAGUGAUCCAGGCAGUGAGAGAUGUUUUUGAAAUUAGAGACUCAGAGAACCGUGAGCGCAAGGAGGAUAAUAACGAUGCGCCUGAUCACUGCAAGAUCGUCAUUAUUGGUCGUGAUCUUGGAAAAAGUGCUGGGGCCUGGGAACGAAACUUUCGGUCAUUCAUGGAGAAAGUGACAUGAAAUUCAUUUCAAUCUCAUAAUUACGAUUUGAAGUAGCAUAGAAAUGCAUUAAAGGAGGGAGUUGGGUCAUGAUAAAAAAUUAAUUGAAAUAUUUA